UCCAAGUAUCUAAUACGGGGUACAUUAUUAUCAAAUAAAAAAGUAAUUUAUUAUAUAUAUAUUUUUUACUAUAUGGAGUAAUUAUAUAUAAGCGCACUGAAGUGAAAAAUAAUCAAAAUUCGCUGCGGAAGUUGUGACUUGGUGAAAGACGAGAAUAGAGGAGGCGAGGAUGGAUUUGUUACCGGCGGAAUCAUCGCAGAUGCUGCCGAAGAAACACCGGUUCCGUUCAUUGAAACUGGUGAAUGUGAACAUGGAGGAGGCCUUGUCGCAGACGCCGUACGGAGUCGACUACGGCCGCCUCGACAAUGGUCUCACUUACUAUGUUCGAUCCAAUUCCAAGCCCAAAAUGAGAGCUGCUCUCGCACUCGCCGUCCGAGCUGGCUCAGUUCUAGAAGAGGAGGAAGAGCGUGGGGUUGCUCAUAUAGUAGAACAUCUUGCUUUUAGUGCCACUGAGAAAUACACAAAUCAUGAUAUUGUUAAGUUUCUUGAAAGUAUCGGGGCAGAAUUUGGUGCCUGCCAGAAUGCAGUCACAUCUGCUGAUGAAACUGUUUAUGAGCUCUUUGUUCCUAUUGACAAGCCCGAAUUAUUGUCUCAGGCAAUUUCCAUCUUGGCAGAAUUCAGCUCAGAGGUCCGAGCGUCAGAACAUGACUUGGAAAAGGAAAGAGGGGCUGUAAUGGAAGAGUAUAGAGGAAGUAGGAAUGCUAAUGGACGGAUGCAGGAUGCACACUGGGUCCUGAUGAUGGAAGGUUCAAAGUAUGCUGAGCGGCUGCCCAUUGGACUGGAAAAGGUGAUCAGGACUGUUUCUCCUCAGAUUGUGAAACAAUUCUAUAAAAAAUGGUAUCAUCUGCGAAAUAUGGCGGUGAUUGCCGUAGGGGAUUUUCCUGAUACACAGAGUGUUGUUGAGUUGAUAAAGGCCCACUUUGGAUAUAAAACAUCUCCACCUGACCCGCCUCCUAUACCAUACUAUCUGGUUCCAUCACAUGAAGAGCCACGAUUUUCAUGCUUUGUGGAAUCUGAGGCAGCUGGAUCUGCUGUGAUGAUUAGCUGCAAAAUGCCCGUGGAUGAGCUUAAAACAGUGAAGGAUUAUCGUGAUUUGCUUGCAGAAUCCAUGUUUUUCCAUGCCUUAAACCAGAGAUUUUUUAAAAUAUCUCGUAAGAAGGAUCCACCUUAUUAUUCUUGCUCUGCUGCAGCAGAUUGUCUUGUGCGUCCAGUGAAGGCCUACAUUAUGACUUCAUCCUGUAAAGAGAAGGGUACUGUUGAGGCUUUAGAGUCGAUGCUGACUGAGGUUGCUAGGGUACGACUGCAUGGAUUUUCUGAACGUGAAAUAUCUGUUGUUCGUGCUUUGCUGAUGUCAGAGAUUGAAUCUGCCUACUUGGAGAGGGAUCAGAUGCAAUCGACAAGCUUAAGAGACGAGUAUUUGCAGCAUUUUCUCCGUAACGAACCUGUUAUUGGGAUUGAGUAUGAGGCACAACUUCAGAAAACUCUUUUACCUCAUAUAUCAGCAUCUGAGGUGUCUAAAUACUCAGAGAGGUUUGGGACAUCAUCUAGCUGUGUAAUUAAAACAAUUGAGCCCCGAGCAACUGCCACAGUUGAUGAUCUGAGAUCUGUUGUUUUGAAAAUCAAUACAUUUGAACAAAAGCAAAGCAUUCCUCCUUGGGAUGAAGAAAAUAUUCCAGAAGAAAUUGUCUCUGUAAAACCAAGUCCAGGGUGGAUUAUGCAGCAGUUUGAAUAUCAGAAUGUUGGGGCCUUUGAGUUUGAUUUAUCAAAUGGCAUGCGUGUCUGUUAUAAAUGUACCAACUUUCUUGAUGACCAGGUUUUAUUCACAGGGUUUUCAUAUGGGGGUUUGUCUGAACUUCCAGAAAGUGAAUACUUUUCAUGUUCAAUGGGCUCAACCAUUGCUGGGGAAAUUGGUGUUUUUGGCUAUCGACCUUCUGUUCUUAUGGAUAUGCUUGCUGGAAAACGAGCUGAAGUUGGUACAAAGCUUGGAGCAUAUAUGAGAUCUUUUUCAGGCGAUUGUUCACCUUCGGAUUUAGAAACUGCCUUACAGCUCGUAUAUCAACUCUUCACCACAAACGUGGAACCAGGGGAAGAGGAUGUCAAUAUAGUGAUGCAAAUGGCAGAAGAAGCUAUACAUGCUCAGGAGAGAGAUCCUUACACUGCAUUUGCAAACCGUGUACGGGAGCUCAAUUAUGGGAACUCCUAUUUCUUCAGGCCAAUUAGGAUUAGGGAUCUUCAAAAAGUCAAUCCAUAUAAAGCAUGCGAAUAUUUCAAUAAUUGUUUCAAGGACCCCUCAACAUUCACUGUUGUGAUUGUCGGGAAUAUUGACCCUGCCACUGCUUUUCCACUAAUAUUACAAUAUUUGGGUGGAAUUCCAAGGCCUUCUGAACCCAUCCUGCAUUUCAACCGUGAUGAUCUUAAAGGCUUACCAUUUAAAUUUCCUUCAUCCAUAAUUAGAGAAGUUGUUCAUAGCCCUAUGGUGGAAGCACAGUGUUCAGUCCAACUAUGCUUUCCAGUUGAGCUUAAAAGUGAAGACAUGAUGGAAGAUGUUCAUUUUGUUGGCUUUCUUAGCAAGCUUCUGGAAACUAAAAUAGUACAAGUUCUACGUUUUAAAUAUGGCCAGAUAUACAAUGCUGGAGUUUCUGUGUUUCUUGGUGGCAAUAAACCUUCGAGAGUUGGCAAUAUUCGCGGUGAUAUUGGCAUCAACUUUUCUUGUGAUCCAGAUAUUUCAUCAACAUUGGUUGACCUCGCAUUAGAUGAGAUAUUGCGGCUUCAAGAGGAUGGACCCUCUGAUGAGGAUGUUUCAACUGUGCUAGAAAUUGAGCAGAGGGCACAUGAAAAUGGAUUGCAGGAGAAUUGUUAUUGGCUGGAUAGGAUAUUGCGCAGCUACCAGUCACGGAUCUAUUCUGGUGAUGUUGGUGAUUCUUUUAAGGUGCAGGACGAGGCACGUUCCAAAGUUAGAAAACUAUUGACUCCACUGACAGCCCAAAUGGCAUUGCAAAGAAUCUUACCGUUUCCUUGCAAGAAGCAGUAUACUGUGGUAAUUUUGAUGCCCCAAGCAUCUCGUAUGAAAAGACUAAAGUCACUUGUGUGUUCUGCCCCAAAACGGUAUUGUACAGAUGCAAAGAUUUUGGCGGGCACAGCUGGUGUAGCGGUUUUGCUUCUCACUCUAUGGAGAUAUUCACGGAGCAGCCUGAAAUCGUAAUUUGGAGAGAGGAUGAUUAGGAAGGAAGGAGGGCAGUGAAGAAGAAUCCAUUGAACCCUUCAAAAACGGAAUCGUAGUAGCACUAGAAGUACCGGGGUGCAGUUAGUAGCCUCAUUGCUUCAAAUAAUCAGCAUCGGCAUCAGCCUCAGCCUCCUCAAUUGUUGUACCAUAGAAUUGAUUGGUUGUGCAGAUUGUUAGGAAUGGCGUAACAGGGUGGGUGUGGGUUAGCAGUUCAUUCUCAUCUGAACACCAGCUUCUCCUAUAGUUUCUAACCUGAAAGAUUGCUGAUUAUGCUUUUCUUAUUCUAGGUAUAAGAUUUUGUCACAUUAGACAAAAAUAAAAAUGGGGGCUUUAACAACAACAAUCAAAUAUAAAGCUUUGAACAAAUGGGAUUAAUU